GCGGACCGCGCCGGAGGGGGUGGAGGCGGAAGUGGCGGCCUGGGCCCCGGGAGUAGGAAGGAGCCGGGGCUGCAGCCCGGAGUGAGCGGCUGCCAGCCGAGCAGCAGGCGCGGCCGCGGCGCCAUAUUGCGGCCCCGAGCGGCCGCCUCCGAGUCAUGGCCGAGACUUACGACUUCCUCUUCAAAUUCCUGGUGAUUGGCAGCGCAGGAACUGGCAAAUCAUGUCUCCUUCAUCAGUUCAUUGAGAAUAAGUUCAAGCAGGAUUCCAACCACACGAUUGGCGUGGAGUUCGGAUCCCGGGUGGUCAACGUUGGGGGGAAGACGGUGAAGCUACAGAUUUGGGACACAGCCGGCCAGGAGCGGUUCCGGUCAGUGACACGGAGCUAUUACCGGGGGGCAGCUGGAGCCCUGCUGGUGUAUGACAUCACCAGCCGAGAGACCUAUAAUUCCCUGGCCGCCUGGCUGACGGAUGCACGCACGCUGGCCAGCCCCAACAUCGUGGUCAUCCUCUGUGGCAACAAGAAGGACCUGGACCCCGAGCGUGAGGUCACUUUCCUGGAGGCCUCCCGUUUUGCCCAGGAGAAUGAGCUCAUGUUCCUAGAAACCAGUGCUCUUACGGGCGAAAACGUGGAGGAAGCCUUCCUGAAGUGUGCCCGUACCAUCCUGAACAAGAUUGACUCAGGUGAGCUGGACCCAGAGAGGAUGGGUUCCGGCAUUCAGUACGGGGACGCGUCCCUGCGCCAGCUGCGGCAGCCUCGGAGUGCGCAGGCCGUGAGCCCUCAGCCUUGUGGCUGCUGAGACCUCGGAACCAGCUCUCCUGAUCUCCAGGACCAGCCCUGCCCUUCUGGCUGGGGCCCACACACAGGCCCAGGAGGCCGUGCCCCUCACCUGCCCUGGCCCUGGACAAGCUGCCCUCGCACCUACCGCCCUUCCCUGGCCUGGUGGGGCCUGGCUGAGGGGCAAGACUGAGCCACGGGGGUGGGGGUGGGGGUGGGGGAGGGGGAACCCAUUCCUGCUGUUGCUUCCUCUGUCUUGGCUAACCCCUGUCCCCUGUGAACUCCUAACCAUACUCAAAGAGUUCCCCAGACCUGGGACGAGGGUCCGUAAGGCCCUAGGCCUCUGCCUGCCCUGCCACUGCGGGUACGUGUUAUUUAUUACGGGGAGGCCUGUCCAGCCCCCACCCGCCCACAUAAAGCAUUGUUUACACCGCG